AUGAAAACCAACAAAGGUUUCACCAUAAUGAGCUUUCUACUGCCGUUGGUGUAUCUCUUCGUCCUUGGAUUAUUCUUCAGUGGGCCCACAAAAGAGACUCACAUUAACCAUGUGGAUAUCACCCGCGAGUGGAAGGGAUGGAUGCAGAUUUACUUCCUUAUAUAUCACUUCACUGGCUCAUAUCGGGUGAUUCCAGUGUACUUAUUCACACGAUACUUCACUUCGACCUACUUGUUCUUGUCCGGAUUUGGUCAUUUUCACUACUACUGGCACCAUCCACUACCUGCUUCGUUGCUGUGCAAGUUGAUCCCGUUCCGCUUAUCUCUCCGAGAACUCCGCGCCACUGCAUCUUCUUGGUGGUCAAUGUUACACCGGUACUUGUUGGAGCGAGCCUCCUCACACUUCAAACUGCAAGCAGCCGACCGGCCAGGCAGUUGGGAAUACCUUAAGCAAUAUCAACUCUGUCUCACGAAUCAACUAGUUGAUGAUGACUAG